AUGAUGAAGUCAUUCACUCUCCUAACAGCUUCGGCGUUGUUGGGCAGUGCUGCCGCCGAGGUUCACAGGCUCAAGCUUAACAAGGUCCCUCUGUCUGAGCAACUGAACACACACAACAUCGAUGCUCAUGUACACAACCUGGGUCAGAAGUACAUGGGCAUUCGUCCUGAGAAGCACCAGGACCUGUUCCACGACACUUCCCUAAACCCCGCUAGUGGCCAUGACGUGCUCGUUGAUAACUUCCUGAAUGCCCAGUACUUCUCCGAGAUCUCGAUUGGUACCCCUCCCCAGACCUUCAAGGUUGUCCUUGACACCGGUAGCUCCAACCUGUGGGUCCCUUCUUCGCAGUGCAGCUCUAUUGCCUGCUUCCUCCACAGCAAGUAUGACUCGUCUUCUUCGAGCACCUACCAGAAGAAUGGCACCGAGUUCGAGAUUCGCUAUGGAUCUGGCAGCCUGAGCGGCUUCGUGUCCAAGGACACCCUCCAGAUCGGUGACCUGAAGGUCGAGGGACAGGACUUCGCCGAAGCUACCAAUGAGCCUGGUCUGGCUUUUGCCUUCGGUCGCUUUGAUGGUAUUCUCGGCCUUGGCUACGAUACCAUCUCUGUGAACAAGAUGGUUCCUCCCUUCUAUCACAUGAUCAACCAGAAGCUCGUGGAUGAGCCUGUGUUCGCUUUCUACCUUGGCGAUGCCAACAAGGAUGGCGAUAACUCUGUCGCCACCUUUGGUGGUAUCGAUGAGAGCCACUACACUGGCGAGUUGAUCAAGAUCCCUCUCCGCCGCAAGGCCUACUGGGAGGUCGAACUCAACUCCAUUGCCCUUGGCAACAACGUUGCUGAACUUGAGAACACUGGUGUCAUUCUGGACACUGGUACCUCCCCUCAUUGCUCUGCCCUCCACCAUGGCCGAGCUGCUGAGAUCGGUGCCACUAAGGGCUUCACUGGCCAGUACAGUGUCGAGUGUGACAAGCGUGACUCGUUGCCCGACCUCACCUUCACCCUGGGUGGCCACAAGUUCACUAUUGGCCCCCAUGACUACAUCCUGGAGGUCCAGGGCUCUUGCAUUAGUAGCUUCAUGGGCAUGGACUUCCCCGAGCCCGUGGGUCCCCUUGCUAUCUUGGGUGAUGCCUUCCUGCGCCGUUGGUACAGUGUCUACGAUGUCGGUAACAACGCCGUCGGUCUGGCUAAGGCGAAAUAA